CUGUACGUUGCUUGUACCAAUAUGGCUGCCAUUUGUUAGUAGCGUAUUUUUCUUCGGUUUGAUACGUAUUUUAUAAAAAAAACUACGCUCGGUGCCUUUACGUAGCGGCAUUUAUGUGCCGCGUGUUUUUGCGAUUUGUGCCUGACGAGUCUGCAGCUAUCCUGAAACGCUCCGCGCUUGAACGUCCCGCGAUCGGGAUGCUGUGCGCGAGAAGCGGAGUAGUCGCUCGUCACCAGCCAUGUUCAUUAAGUGUCUUUUUGUUGUGACAAUCUCGUGAUAUAAUAUUCUCAUGCAACGUGGUGCCUCAUCGAAGCGAUCUCGUACGCGCAUCAACAUACCUUGAUUUUUUUACAAAAGAUCUUUUUCGUUUUCUCUCGUCUCGCCUUCUCUCGUCUUAUCCCACUCUGUUCCGUUCCGUUUUAUUCCAUUCCAUUCUGUUCUGCUCUGCUCCGUCUCGGCUCUCAUCUCGUCUUGUUUCAUCUCAUUCCGUCUCGACUCGUCUCGUCUCGUCUCGUCUGGUUUCGUCUCGUCCCAUAGAAGCUUUCCAUUUGCCAUUGCUUGCGGCUAUCAAGUAAAGAUUAAAUGAAAGAGGGAGAAUUACGACAGAUCGGUAGCAACAGAGGUGAGGCAGGGUGGAGCUCGACGGAGGGAUGAAUGGAACGGCAGCGCUACGACGCAGCGUCGGGGCUGGUGCAGGCGCCAUCAGUGGUGGAGCCAUCGAACCAGCACCCAUCGCCACUCUAGUCGUAUACAAGGACGAUGCUGGAUUUGGAAUGAAAGUUUCUGGUGACAAUCCAGUCUACGUUCAGUCUGUAAAAGAAGGCGGUGCUGCAGCAAGAGCUGGUCUUCAUGCAGGCGAUAAAAUAAUCAAGGUGAAUAAUGAUAAUAAAGUGCAUUGGAAGAAAGUUACAUGA